AUGAUCACAUUGUACGACCUAGGCCCUUUCGCAAGCCCCGACCAUCCUUCUCUUUCACCCCAUACGCGGAAGACAAGAUACACCCUGGAUUACAAAAAGAUCCCUCACAAAGUCUCCUGGGUACACUUCUUCACAAUGGAGGAGACCGCAAAACGAAUUGGCGCUCCCCCUACUGGCGUCAGGGCGGAUGGUAGUCCCAAGUACACCGUUCCAUUCAUCUACGAUGACACCACUGGUGUUGCCAUUUCUGAAUCCCUCCUCAUCGCGGAAUACAUCGACAAGACGUAUCCCGACACACCUCGUGUAGUCCCUGACGGCACACGGGCAUUACAGGCUGUGUUUGCAGAUACCGUAGCCGCGAAGAUUAUCGUUCCCUGGUACGGGGUUCUUAUACCUCAUCUUGUGAGGUUUACCACUCCAGUGCUCCGAGAGGGCGGUAUAAAAAUCUACGGGCCUCCUCCUGAACUGACCCCGGAGCAAAUCAAAAGUGCAUGGGAGGCAGGAAAAGCGGGUUUGAAUGAUAUUGGGAAAUGGUACGCGGAUCAUGGAGGGAUGUUUUUGACAGGAGAUAGGCCAAUUUAUGCGGAUUUCACCCUCGUAACGUGGUUCCGCUAUGUGAAGAUCGUGUUGGGGAGCGAGGAUGAGAGGUGGAAGGAGCUGGAAAGCCUUCAUGGCAGUCGAUGGAAAGAGAUGUUGGAGGAGGUGGAGAAGUAUGAAUCAGCCGAAAUUGUUUAG